AUGAGUAAUAACUUGGAUAAUGAUAGGUCUAUUACAACUGGCAAAAUGUAUCCAAUCGACUUAGCGCCACAAAAAAUAACAAUAGUUAAGAAUAUUUCAAGUGCAGACGUUAAAAUGACUCAUAUAAUACCAAGUCAGGGUAAAACUACCGGAACCAGUCAAAUAAUUACACAUUCUAGCGCUGGGCCGAUUGGACUGAUGCGUACAGCAACUGGCGCCCAAAUAAUUUCUUCCGGAGUUGUUUCUCAGGGUACUCAAAUUGUUAGUCAAGGAAAUCAUUUAAUAAGUCAAAAUGCACAAAUACUCACACAACCACAGCUGUUAACAAGCAGUCAUAUAUUAAGUCCCUGCACGCAGAUAAUAAGCCAAGGUACUCAGCUAUCAGGUCAGGCGAUAAACUCAAAUAAUUCCCCAUCUUUGAAUACUAUUCAGACAAGUGUAACAUCUACAGUGAGUGGGAAUCAAAUGCUAAAUGUAGGUGCACAAAUUGUUAGCGGCUCAGGAAAUUUAAUUGUUAGUUCUUCUGUACGAACUCUUGGUGGAGCUAAUGUUAGAGUGCUACCUACUAAUCAACAUCAAAACUCUAGACCUGUCCUGACAAGUGUUAAUGUAAGCACAGCUAGUGUUCUAGUAAGUAAGGGGACCAGUCAUGUGCCAAGGGGUUUAGCUGCUGGGGCAUCCCUAGCAGUACGUCCAGUUACAGCUUCAGCACAGGCUACUAUCAGCCAAGGUAGUGGUUGGUCAUCAAACAGUCGUGGCCGUGGGGCUUUAGUAUAUGGCUCAAGAGGACUUAGCCGUGGGGUGCCCCCACGACAACCAUCACCAGCACCUUCACCCUCACAUACACCCCCACAUUCUACUCAGACGCCACUGUCUCCACACUCUGCUAUUGUCACUUUGCCAACAACCUCUGUAUUGACUUCGAGUGGUGUUAUAUCGAGCACAAUGCGUGGUUCAAUUGGUGUAGUGAGUGGUGUGACAAGACCGAAAACACCAACUCCACCACCACCAGCUCCAAGACCGUUACCACUCUUGCAGAGGAACUAUCAACCUGCAAAGGUUGUGGGGGUGGCAAAUGUAGGUGUACGGGGUGUUGGCAACAGUGCUCCGCCGCAGUUGUAUUACGAAGUGCCGCGAGCUGCGCAUCCGCACCACGCAAGGCCGAUUACGCCCUACGCGCAUACACUUACAACCCAAGCGAGUGGAGUAAAUACCGUCCAAACAUCAUCAGAGGCUCGUCAAACUACAACUAUUGCCAGCACACCCGUUCUUCCCAGACCUUCCAUCUUAAGGAAACGGGAUGUCGAUGGGUCGCCAUCUAAAAACCAAAUGAAUACGAUAUCAACAAUAUCCCAAGUAGGAAACAUAGGCAACAUAACAUCAAAUAUUUCCAAUCUAAGCAAUACUAACAUAAGCAAUAUAGCAACACUGAGCAGUAUUAGCAAUAUUGGCAAUGUGGUUGUGGGGAAUAACUUAAGUAACUUAAAUGUUAGUGCAAUCAGUCGUGUGGGUACCUUGAAUAGUCUAAGUACCUUGGGCAGCAUUGACAGUGUGAAUACUAUGAAUAAUAGUGCAAUGAGUAGUGUGAAUAGCCAAUAUAUAAGUAACACUGGGUGGGAGGAUGUGACAACCUCCCAGGGACCGGGAAGCGGGUCUACCACCAUGUCAGCAGCGUCAUCACCAACCCCAGAUGAACCGGAGCCUCCAAGGCAAACCGAUGUCUCACCGAGGAAGAAGCCGCGGAAACAGUUAUUAACAAGUGAAGUGCGUCACUGCGACUACCCAGUUGAAGAGAAACCUCCGACGCCGCCUCCUGCCCCGGUCAUACCCAAGCGACCGUCCCUAACCUCGACGUACGUAUGCGGGUGGCGUAGUACGGCAUUGCACUUUACGCGGCCGUCCGACGUGAAACGACGCGAGACACGCGCGAGGGACAUCGUAGCGAUCGCGACACAGAAGCACGUGCUCGUCUCCGCCGAGGGAUGGAAGGUGCAUCAUUUGACGGCGCAGAUGGACGAUUUGGUUUCCUUAGAAGCGGAUGUCGGCGAACAGUUAGAGGGAGUACAUCGUUUGUUAGAGACAAGUCGCGCUCACAACGCGCUUAAACCACUCUCACACUCACUACUUGAACUUAUAAAGGGAAACAUACAAAGGAGUAAAAUAGUCUGCGAAGGUAUUCAAGAGGCUCGCGAAGAUAUUCUACGUGUAUUCAAACAUAGAAAUUUUGUCUCCGACAUUUUGACUCGACAAGCGGAUAAGCGAUGCUUCCGAAAACAUCGAUCGCAGUCAUAA